AUGAUGCACACGGGUGAAAAGCCCCUCAGCUGUGAUGUGUGUGGGAAGAGUUUCAGUAGCCGUAGAAAUAUAAUUAGGCACAAGUUAGUACACUCUGGUGAGAGACUCCACGAGUGUCCGGAGUGUGGGAAAAGAUUCUCUCGACAUGACCUUAUGAAGAAUCACAGAAUGGUGCAUACUGGAGAUAAACUCCACGAGUGUCAAGAGUGUGGGAGAAGAUUCUCUCGAUAUGACUAUUUGAAGAGCCACAGAAUGGUGCAUACUGGAGAUAAACCCCACGAGUGUCCAGAGUGUGGGAAAAGAUUCUCUCGACAUUACAAUUGGAAGAACCACAGAAUGGUGCAUACUGGAGAUAAACCCCACGAGUGUCCAGAGUGUGGGAAAAAAUUCACUGCGCUUGGAAAAAUGAAAGAACACAGGAUAGUUCACACGGGUGAAAAGCCUCAUAAGUGUGAAGUGUGUGGGAAAAGUUUCAGCAGUCGUAAGAGUCUUAUUAAUCACAUGUUACUGCAUGUUGAAGAAAAUCAGUUUAAGUGUGAUGAGUGUGGAAAAAGUUUCAGGCACCAGCGCAACAUAGUUAGGCACAUGCUAAAGCAUUCUGGUGAGAAACCUUAUGAGUGUCCAGAUUGUUGCAGAAGAUUCUUUCGAAAUGAGCAUUUGAAGAACCACAGAAUGGUGCAUACUGGAGAAAAACCUCACGAGUGUCCAGACUGUGGGAAAAGAUUCAUUCAACUUGGAGCUAUGAAAAUCCACAGGAUUAUGCAUACAAGUUUGGUCAGUUUAUGA